UUGAACGAGCGUGUGUCAAAAAGAGAAAACCAAAAUAUUACAACAGCAGUCAGAAAAAAAGGAAAUUUGGUGCUCUUUCGCGUAACAUUUCAUCACAUCUUCUCGUUUGUUGUAAAUUUUGUGUCGUUUAAUCAACCUAUCGUCGUAAAAUCCCAGCCUGUGGAACCCGUGUCCGCUAGAGGAGAGACCAAAUCAGAAAAAAACAGUGAAAUCACAUAUGCGAUGACUGGUACAUUAUUGUGUGAAAAAAGUUCGUAACACUACUCUUCCACUGUUUGGUGCAGUCGAAGAAAUUUUUGCUACCUGAACAAAGCGCCCUAGUAGCCACUGGUGGAGAUGCUGGAGCCAAAUAGUGAUCUGAAACAGCAACCACAACAGCAGCAGCAGCAACAGCUAGAGGUAGAUAAUAAUCUCGGGAAUGCAGUUCCGACCCAAACGAAAACCACACAGGAAGUGACAAUGGUUCGUGAAUUGCAGCAGGAACUGAAACGUACCCGCGAUGAGUUCAAUCAACAGCGAGCUAAGAUGAAAGAAAUAUAUCUAGCCAAAGAAGCGGAAUGCAAGCGGCUGGCUAAGGAAGCAAACCUUGUCCGGAAGGAGCUGGAAGAGAGCAAAUCGCAGAUGAUGGUCAUCGAGUACAGUCGGGAGAAAGACCAGGAGGAACAGAACCGACGGACGCAGGAGGAAAUUAAUACCCUGCAACAACUGGUGCAGGAAACGGUUGAUGAAUCCACCUUCUGUCAGGCCGAGAUACGACGACUGGCGGAGGAAAAUGAACGACUGAAAACCGAACAGCAGGAACUGAAGGAGGCACUGGUAUCAGCGCAACAGGAUUCACCUGGACUGGCACCGGUGCUCAAUCAGGCUAAGAAGAUUAUGCGCAAGCUCGGUGCAUCGGACUCCGGUAGUCACGACAGCCUGGAGGAUUCGAUGCGGAAGGUAAACAAAUAUGCUCAGGAAGAUGCGGAAGUUCUGCGAUCGCUGGUGGUGCCCCUGGAAGAGGAGAUAAAAACGCUGAAAGAGAAACUACGCAACGCCUACGAGGAAAUGGAAAAUCAACGGGGAGACGGUAGUCGGAAACCGCCGGAAUCCGCUCUGGUAGGAAUGUUGAAGGAAGCGGGUAAAAUCGACGCUAAAACUGAAACCGUAACUGAAAAUGCUAAGGUUGAACCGGCAACGUCGUCAUCGGCUGUAGCAUGCGAAAUGUGUUCCACCGGUGAGGAAAAAUUGGCCCAAUGCCAAGAGUUGUUGAAUGGUGAGAAGUUGAAGGUGCUGCAGCUGGAGAAAAGUGUCGAACGGAUGAAAGAAGAACUGGCCAAGGAAGGAGCCAUGCGUGGUGAUUUGGAAACGCAGUGGCAACAGAAACGGGAAGAGCACAAAACCGAAGUGCAACGAUUGAGCGAACAGACCAGCAAAGCGGAACAGGAACUGUGCAAGCUGCGGAAAGGUUACGGACAGUUGAAGCAAAGCGUCAAUGACGAACUGCAGAAGCUUACGGAAGAACGGGAACAGGUCUAUCGACAUCUGGACAUGCUCCAGAAGGAUAAUGACUUUCUGUCCGGAAAAUAUCUGGAGAAUUCGGAAAUGCUCAAAGAUCAGGAGAUUAACCUACCCCAGAACAUCGAUGAGUUGCACGAGCUAGUGCUGACGCUGCACGAGAAUCUGAUUGUCACCAAAACCGGUUGUGAGUUUGCCGAGCGGAAAACGAUGAGUAUGCAGGAUGAAGUCACGUUGCUACGGGACCAGCAGCACCUGCGCGAGCGUGAUUUGCGUCGUGUAGAAAGAGAUUACUCCAACAAAUUGACGCAACAGGAGGAACAACUGCGCCAGCAGUAUCAGCAUUAUCAGAAGUUGGCCGCCUUGAAGGAGGAUUUGGAACGAGCCGACACGGAAAACAAACGACAAAUAUCCGACCUACGAAUGCAAACGAUCGAACUACAGGCAACCAAUGAGAAGUUGGACAAGCAGAAUGCCGAUCUGCGCAAUAAGAUGAGUGUCCUGCAGGAGGAUUUGGCCAACAACGAAGCCGUACAGAAGGACUUUGUAAAGUUAUCGCAAUCGCUGCAGAUGCAACUGGAGAAGAUCCGUUCGGCCGAUACCCAGGUUCGCUGGCAGGACGAGGACGAUGUCGAUCAGUGUCCGAAUUGUCGGAAAGAAUUCACGGUGACACGGCGAAAACAGCACUGUCGCCAUUGUGGAACCAUCUACUGUCAGCCCUGUCUGGCGAAAACGGUUCCUUCCGGUACCAAUCGGCGACCAGCGCGGGUUUGCGAUGUGUGCCAUACGCUGCUGGUUCAGGACACGGCUCCGUACUUCAGCCGGGAACCACCGCAAUCGCCGUAGACACCACCGAGCUCAUAGACAGGCUCAUACAACCCUUCCAUACAAAAACACACACACACACACACACACGGGCGCGCACGGGGGAUAUCCGAGCUACUUAGGGCUGUAUCCAAAGCAAGACGAAAAAAAAACUGGGGCAUCGUUACGGUAUAGGGGUGCAUGUUUUUAUUCUUUAAAUUUUAGUGUAAAUUUACCUUCGCUUUGUCGUAAUUGGAGAUUAGAAGAAAGAAAACUUUACUAA